GGUGGUUUAUGGUGUGCUGAUUGGCCAUCAGUUGGCUCGGUCGCCUGGGCCCGGCGUGGGUCCCGUUCGGCACCAUGCGGCUCUUUGUGAGAGAUGUGGCGGGGCAGACCCUUUCACUGCAGGUGGAUGGUCAGGCCUCUGUGGAGCAAUUGAAGACUUUGAUCAGUGAAGAGUCCCAGGUCCCGGUGGAGGAGCAGCAACUGAUCUUCGGCGGACGAGCUCUCUGCUCCCAUGAGAGCUUGUUGGAGACGGGCCUCAAUGAUGAGUCCACUGUCUUCGUGUCUUCAGGGCUUGAAGGUGGCGGCAAGAAGCGCAAGAAGAAGACGUACACCAAGCCCAAGAAGAUCAAGCACAAGCGCAAGAAGGUGAAGCUUGCAGUUUUGAAGUUCUACAAGGUGGACUCCAACGACAAGGUGACUCGUCUUCGAAGGGAGUGCCCCCACGAAACCUGCGGACCUGGAGUCUUUAUGGCCAUGCACUUCAAUCGUUACUACUGCGGUAGGUGCCAUCUGACCUACUUGAUCAAGAAGGACGGGUGAAUCAACGAGGCGAGACAAGACCUGAGCCACCCUUGAGACCAGACGCAACGGACUCGGGACAAA